UUUUCAGCUUCUCUGAGAUAUCGUUCUUGCGCCAUUUUAGAGAAGGUGUAUCGUUCUCUUGUAGCUAAGGCCAUCCGGCGACGUACACCAUUUAAAGUUGUUGUGAAGAAAAGUUAAAGUGUUCAUAAAGUACAAAUGGCAUCAACAUCUGAACUAGCGUGUGUAUAUAGUGCACUUAUCUUAAGUGAUGAUGAGGUCGAGAUCACGGCGGAUAAAAUUACAGCAUUACUGAAAGCUGCUAAAGUAGACUACGAACCUUACUGGCCUAAUCUUUUCGCCAAAGCACUCGCUGGUCGUAAUAUUAAGGAUUUGAUUACCAAUGUCGGUUCCGGCGCUGCCGCAGCACCCGCUGCCGCUGCAGCUGGAGGUGGCGAUGCUACUGAUGCUCCUGCAGCAGAGAAGGAAGCUGAGAAGGAAGUAGAAGAAGAAGAAUCUGACGAUGAUAUGGGCUUUGGUUUAUUCGAUUAAACAUAUACCUUAAGCAAGGAUGAUGUGAGAAUCAUUUGGCUAUCAAUAAAGUAAACGACUUUUAAG